AUGAAAACAGGGAGACGCAAAAAUAAUCAAAACUCAGCUAGACAUUAAUAAUUGAGUACCGGAUCUAGCAUAUAACCUCCUUCAUCUAGAACUAAAUUUGGUGUUGAAGUGAUUCCUAAUAAGAAGUAGGUUACUAAAGUGACUACAAAUGAACCUAAAAGCCUACAUAGAAGAUAAAAAACUAGUCAAAACACAAAUAGAUAAAAGAUUAAGGGGUAAGGUGAUAAAUUCAAUGAUACCUCCAAGAUUUCUCUUAAAAAUAAAAGGCAUUAAGAAGACUCUUAGGCUACACUAGUGAAAUUUAAUGACGAGAAUAAAGACAUUAGCAAUUUGAGAAGCAAUCUUGCGCUCAACGAAAUCAGCGAAUAAAAGCUUAAUAAAAGACAGUCCAAUAGCUAUCACAAAAUCCUCAAGACAGAUGGAAGCAGUUUGAAUAUUCAUCUCAAUAAUUCAAAAUCAGAUGAUGAAAGUUCAGUUAUGGAUUAGUUCUUUGAGAAGAAGUUUAAGCAUUCUUAGUAGUAGUAUAUGAAUGCCAAAUCUAAACUAUAUGAAAAAGAAUGUAUUGUAGAAAAUCUGUAAUCAGAGUUAAGGAAAUAAAAAAGAGAAAACAAACUUAUAUAAGAAAAGGUUCAUCAUUUGGAGUCUGAAUUGGGUAGUUAAACCAAGAAAUCGGUGAAGUACAAAUAAAUUGCCAAGCAGUUUAAAGCUAACUUAGAUCACAUUGAAAGAACUCUUUCUCAAAUCAAAUCUAUGAGUCAAGAAGAGAUAUCAAAAUUGAAGUCAAGCAAUAAAUUCUUGGAAAAGAUUGUACAGUAAAGAUCAUUUUAAUACUAGACUAACAUGAGAACUAUUGAAACAUAUCUGCUUAGGAUUCAAAAGAUGAUGACUCCAAGCGAUUAAAACUACUCAUUCAAUAUUAAGGUCAUGAGUGAUUUGACUGAAUUAUGCUAGCAACUUCAAAAGAUGUCCAAAGAUGAGGAGUAGUAAUUGAAGCAAUCAAUGAUCUCGCAUAAUUAAAUGCUUAAUGAUGAUAAAAGUAAUAUUGAGAUGGAAUUCUUACUGAGUUAAAGUUCUCAUGCCAAUAAUGAUGAACAGAUUUUAAGCUAGAAGACAAAAAGGCUAUUAGAUGAUUAUGAGAGAUUGAGAUUUGAGAGUGAUCAUAUAAAAAAAGAAAAUUUGAAGCUUAAAGAAAGAGUUGAAUCUACCGAUAAGAUAAAGAUGAUUCAUACUCUAUCUACUUAUGAUUCAAAAGAGAGUAUCUAGAAAAGAAACUAAAGUCUAUCUGUAGGAGAUCUCACUCAAUAUGACUCUGUUCAGAAAUUAAAUAAUAAACUUGAAGAAAAAAAUAAAAAUUUAGAGGGAUAAAUUUAAAGUAUGCAGCAACAAAUGAGCAUUUUAGCUGUUCAGACUAGAGAGAUGCAAAAUGAAAGAUAACAGUUCAAGCAUCAGAUAUAGAGAUAGCAUGAGUAUAUAUUGUCAAUAAUGGGACAAAACAUAAGUAAUCAAACUUAUGAAAGAGGAAGUAUAUCAAAAGAGAGUGAUUAAUAGCAGCGAUACUCAGAAGAAGUAUUUACAACUAAUUAGAGUGAUAGUUAUUACUAUCAAGGGAAAGAAAAUGCAGAUGAUAAAAAGACCUAAAAGCUUAAUGAGAGAGAUAGCUUAGAUAGAAAUUCAGGUUUUAAAAAUAUCAAAACUAUUAAAAACUACAAUCCCUAUUCCUUGUCACCAGUUUCAUCUCAAAAGAGUGAAAGCCAUAAUACGAGAUAUCAUGAGAAAAAUUAAACUCUGUUAGAGAGAACCAAGUCUCUGGCACAUGUUAGCUUUUAAUAGAAAAACCUAAAUGAACUUCCGUCUUAAUCAACAUCAAAUAUGGUAUCCUCAAGAGAUGAAAACCAGUUGAACACAGAUAGAUAGUCAAAGGAAGAGUAUUCUAACUCUACAGAAAUAAGAAAGCAAAAUGUAUUCAGAAGAAAUCGCAUUAUGGAUUCAGACAAAGAGAAUCAAGAUAGCUACAGAAACAAUUAGAGCAAUUUAGCUUCUUAUAGAAACGAAAUUCAGCCAAAAACUUUUAACUACUAAGAGGAUGAUAAGGCUAAAAUAAUUAGUAAAAAGACUCAGCAUGCGAAGAGACCUCCUUCUAAUACAAGUCAUAUACUUUCAACAACAAGUCCUUCAAUGUUUAAUAAUGUACCAUCACAUAGAGAGGUGAGUGCCUAAAACAUGCUCAAGAAUAAUACCAGAGUGAGCAGUGUUUAAAACUUAAGAAAGCCCACAAGUUUAGGUUCUACUACCACACUUAUAAUUAAUGAGAAAGCUAAGGCAUUGAAAGAUGAAAUUACUACUUUGGAUGAUGAGAUUCAAUAGCUUUAAAAGAAUUUGAAGAGAGCUAUCUCAAAGAGAGAACCAAGAGAUAGUUGA